GCCAAACGUUUAAGCAUCUUAGAGACACUGGAAGAGACAACCGUCGAGAUGACCACAAACAUUAAAAUGCUCCGGUAGUUUUCACGGGAAAGGCUAACGCUGUUCGGUUAGUAUAUGAUCUCAAGGUCGUGAAGAUACACAGUCGUUCAAAAUGAAGCAAACUCUCUUCGGAUCGCUGUAACGUUAGCUGAUGCUGGUGAGGUUAACUUUCCGUUGUCACCGUUGUCGGUUUUUUAUCCAGAAAAACAUCGCCAAUUAACAGCUCAUUUACCUCUGGAAGAAGGAGUAAACGCACAUAAAUACAAACACCUGCCUGUGUUUUAAUCAAGAGUCACCAUGAACAGAACUAAACUGAAGAAAACCAAGGCACCAGGAGGCCAGAAGAACAUAUCAUCCUUCUUUUCCCCUCAAAACCAACAGAAGGACUUUUCAUCUUCCACAAAGCUAUGCGUCACUGGCACUGAACUCUCCAAGACUGAACCUCAGAUCAAACAUGGUGAAACCUCCACGUUCAGACCCCAUUCCCCCUUAAAGAGGAGUAUCCUUGGGGACCUUGAAAACCUCCCCCCCUCCUCGCCAGAUUUUCUCCUCACUGUGCCUGAGACUCCCAACAGUCAGAUCAGGCUUGCUUCCUCUACUUCCUCCAGAGAUCCGGGUGGACUGAGCCCCCAGCCCAGCAGAGAGGUAGCGAGCCUGGAGAUGUUCGGCCAACUGUCCCCCAUCUGCCGUAGUCCCCGCUCCAAAGGACAGAGUGUACGAAGAGCAACGGCCAAGGAGGGAGGGAAAACCAAGAGAGAAGAGGGAUUUUCUACCUCCCUAAAAAGACUCUUCAGCCCUCCUCAAGAGUCGCACAAUGCCAAGAGACCAAGGACUGCCAAUCCACUGGCACAAAGAAAUGCGCUCAGCCCCACUGGUAGCAACCUCAAAGUAACAAGGCCUGUGAUUGGCCCUGUGAAGACACCUCAUUUCCCCACUGACCAGUCAGAGGGUCACAGCAGAGAUACUGAAGCGGUCAUUAAUGGCAACAAACACAAAACGAUGUCACUGAAGUCUGCUUCUUUCCACUCUUUUGGGGAACAGAGAAAACAUGAGGAAAAGGGGAACGAUUGUGGUUUUACUGUGAUAACAGAACAGACGGCAAGUGAGGUGAAAGCUGAUGGAAACACACACGCUUGUCUGGAUGAAAAUACUCUUACUGCUCAGCCUAGUGCACAAACUAUCACACCUGCACCGCAGAGAAGGGAGGGAGAGAUAGACCUUAACAAGAGAGGAGCUACAAGAAGAAAUGGAGACGGAGACAACAUGACGACAUCUGAUCGGGAGAGGGCUGCAGCUACAGGAAUGAUGUCAGCGUGUGCUGUGGAAGAGAGGUUGGACGAGAGCUGGUUUACGGAGCAGAUGGAUCAUAAUGAAGGUCUUGACUCAGGGAAUAAAUCCAAAAAACCCUGUAAGGUGCCAGACCAUGUGAUCCUUUCUGGAGGCCUUAACAACCGCUACUGGGUUUUAGAUGUGGAGGAGAGGCCUGGCCACAAAACACUCACCAUCUCAUGCUCCAAAUCUCUACGGCCAACUGAGACGUGUGUGCUGAAGGAUGGAUGGGAGAUGACGCCUGUUUGUCGUGGUGAUGUGGUGCAUCUGGAGGGCCGCUCUGAUGGUGUUUCCUGGUUAGUGGGCAGGGAGCAGGGCUUCCUGGUUUUACUGCCUGAUAGCCUAAUUUCAGGCACCAGCAUCUCAAACUCCAUCCGCUGCAUGAGGCGUGCAGUACUGGGAGAUAUGUUCAAGACUUUUGACGGUGGCUCCAAGCAAAUGCUGAACGGCACCAUGGUCCAUGAAGUCUUCCAGAGAGCAGCUACAGCUAAAGAUUUUUCUUUGGAGACUCUGUCUAAGCUGGCUGACCAGGCCCUGCACAGUCCUCAGUACCUGGGAGAUAUGUACAGUUUGGGUGUAAGCCAGGAAGAGAUGAAGCAGGAGCUGCAUGAUUAUCUGCCCUCACUGGAACAUUGGGCAAAGGAAUACCUCAUCUCACCAACACCAAAAGCUAUCAGCCUCAAAAUCCCUGGCAACAGCAGAGCUCCAAGCAGCUGUCAGGACCCUGCAACUGCUGUCACGCUUACAGAGCUGGUAGAUAUAGAGGAGAACGUGUGGUCCCCGAGAUUUGGUCUGAAAGGCAAAAUCGAUGUGACGGCACGGGUCCAAAUCCAAAGACAACGAAACAGUAGUCUCAGAACCCCGGAGGAGAGGAUCGUCCCCCUGGAGCUGAAAACUGGGAAGGAGUCAAACUCAAUAGAGCAUCGCAGUCAGGUGAUUCUUUACACUCUGAUGAGUUUGGAGAGAUACAGUCCUGAAGCUGGCUUCCUGCUUUACCUCAAGACUGGCAACCUGCACGCUGUAGUGCCCAGCCACAUGGACCGCAGAGAGCUGCUGAAGCUGAGGAACAAGUUGGUUCAUCACAUUCACAACUGUGUGGAGAGAGAGGCGGAUCGGAGCCGUUUGUCUAGACUUCCUGACAUCCUGACAAACAGACAAACCUGCCAGUAUUGUCCUCAGAGAAGAAACUGUGCUUUAUAUGAGAAGGCGGUGGAUGGCAGCUCUGUAGAUGUCUGCGAGGACGUUGUGCGUGACUUCUUGCAAGAGGAGACUGCUCAUCUGAACCCACCACAUCUGAGCUAUUUUUCCCAUUGGCUGCUUCUCUGCUGCCUUGAGGCUGCCACCAUGGAGGCCAAGAAUGGCCGAAAGUGUGUGUGGCUUCAGACGGCUGAGGAGAGUGAGAAGAAUGGGAGCUGUGUGGGGAAUCUGCAGCUCAGUGGUCCAGUGGCCGUGCAGUCCGAAGGCGUUUUCCUCCAUCGUUUCCAGCGAAGCAGUGUGGGGCCACAGAAAGGUCUGGCCACCAGCGGUCUGGCCAGCAGAGAUCGCAUCGUUGUAAGCGACCAGGAAGGUCGUCUGGUUGGUUUGGCAACAGGCUACCUGUGCGAGGUCAGCAGGACAUCAAUCAGCUGCACUCUGGACAGAGACCUGUCUAAGUUCAGUGGUGUGUUGUUUCGAUUGGACGGUGAUGAAGGCGUGGUGGGCCUCAGCACUCACCUCACCAAUCUGUCCAAACUGAUGGAAAACUCUCAGGACAGUGAUCGUCUGAGGGAGCUGGUUGUUGACCUUCAUCCUCCAGAGUUUAUUUCCAACCUCAGUUCUGUUCUGCCAAGAGAGGCAAAGGACACUGUGGCCAACAUCCUCAAAGGUCUCAACAAACCCCAGAAGCAGGCCAUGAAGAAAGUAUUGUUAUCUAAAGACUACACACUGAUUGUUGGUAUGCCAGGCACCGGCAAAACCACAACCAUCUGCACCCUGGUUCGCAUCCUUCACGCAUGUGGGUUCAGUGUGUUGCUGACCAGCUAUACCCACUCUGCUGUUGACAACAUCCUGCUGAAGCUAAAGCGUUUCCGGGUUGGGUUUCUGCGCCUUGGGCAGGGGCAGAAGGUUCAUCCAGACAUCCUGUCGUACACAGAGGAAAGUAUGAGGAAAAAGGGAGUUCACAGUCUGUCGGAGUUGGAGCAGCUUUAUAACAAGGAGCUGGUAGUGGGAACCACCUGUAUGGGCAUUAAGCAUCCCAUUUUCACACGUCGCCGGUUUGAUUUCUGCAUCGUAGACGAAGCUUCACAGAUCAGUCAGCCCAUCUGUGUGGGACCUCUGUUCUAUGCCAAGAGAUUUGUCCUGGUUGGAGAUCACCAGCAACUGCCACCAAUAGUGCAAAAUCAGGAAGCCAGGUCACUUGGCAUGGACGAAAGUCUAUUUAAGCGACUAGAGCUCCAUAGUGAAGCAGUGGUCCAACUCAAUGUACAGUACCGGAUGAAUAGGCAGAUAAUGUCUCUCAGUAACUCCCUGAUGUAUGAGGGCCGGCUGGAGUGUGGAUCAGAGAGGACGGCCACGGCCCUGCUCACCCUGCCCUUCCUGCUUUCUGUCCAGUCGGAGCUUACUUCCUACUCUAAGACUGACCCCCAGCACGACCUGGCUUGGAUACAGGCCACAUUGUUGCCUACAAACCCUGUUUGCUUCCUAGAUUGCUCAAUGUUGCCGGCACUGGAGUCUGUGGAGCAGGGAGGCAUAAGCAAUCACACUGAGGCUGCUCUCGUACACAAGCUGCUUUCACUGCUGAUAAAGGCAGGAUGUAAGCCCAGUGAUAUAGGUGUUAUCGCUCCCUACAGACAGCAGUUAAAGACUAUCUCUGCUCUGCUGCAGUCCUCUGCUUUCACCGGUGUGGAGGUGAAUACAGUGGACAGAUAUCAAGGACGGGACAAGAGUCUGAUAGUUUUUUCUUUUGUCAGGAGCAUGGCAGAGGAAGGAAAUUUAGGAGAGCUGUUAAAGGACUGGCGACGCCUGAACGUAGCCAUUACCAGGGCUAAGCACAAGCUGCUGAUGGUGGGCUCUGUCACAACGCUACGUCGCUACGCACCUGUGGAGAAACUACUCAACCAUCUGCAGCAAGAGAACUUGAUUAUCCAGCUCCCGCCAGCUGCCCACAAGGCCUUACCAAGCACGCCCCUGUGAUGGAAGUCAUGAUGGUGUUUUAGGUCACCUGUCUGUCUCACAGUGGAGCAGCCAGUGGCUGUGGAUCAUCUCUACAGGGCAGAGAUUAAUUGCCAAGCUGCAUAAGCACUAAAUUAUCUGUCAGGAGGCGGCAAUCACACAUAUGAGCAGUCAAUACUUGAUCGAGGUGUCAUUGGCAUUUGAAGCCUACAGUCCCUGCCUGUCACCUAAUCUUACUGCUCCGCCUGUGACUACUUUGUGUCCUUCUAAACAAGCCUUUGUUGGAGUGUAACUGGAGAUACAGAUUACACUAAUGAACACACUAAGACUGAGAUCUGAUGAAAAUGUAGGCUUUCAAGCUCACGCUGCUUCUGAUCGGUACCACACUGAUUAAACAUUGUACGUUUUUAUAAUAGAAACAUUUUAAAUGACAGUCUCGGAAACAAACAUUGUAUGUUUCGGCAUGUUUUCCUGUUGUCAAAUUUUUUGCAGUACAGUUUAGGCUCUAAGAACUCACACUGAAACAGGUGGAGGGGAUUGGUAAGACGUCAAACUAAAUCUCCUGAACCUCAAUAUGCUUUUUUAAGCCAGAUUCCUUUAGGCCACAGAUCUGAUGGUUAAUGUCUAUGCUGUGAAACAUGGUACUGAGAUGAUGAACAGCUAAAAUAGUUGCUCACAAAAAUUGUACUGAAUCCAUAAGAUGGCCUUCCACUGACUGAACAGACACUGUGGUGGAUUAUGGUACUGAACAAACCUCAGCUAGGACCAGUUACUGUUCAUAAACUGAUAUUUUCUGUCAAAUACCUCAAUACACUUGACUGUUUGAACUUUUCAUUAAGUUCUUACACACACAACACAUCAACCCAGUAGUAACAGAUAUAUGGAGACCAAACAUGUAUUUCUCCUUCUAGUAGUCUAAAGGAUGAAAAACUGAAAAGUCUAGCUAUAUUAUUAUUAUUACCAGAAUUAUUUACAGCCUGUUUUUUUUAGCUCAGACCUCAAGUAGAGAUUGUAUAAAUGUUACAGUGAUGGCUAUAGUGUUGGAUUUCUUUUUUAGUGGAUCAAUUGCACAUCACUGGACUUCAUACUUGACGAGAAAAAUAGCUUCAACAGUACUUGAUUUUAUUCUGUGUGCACUGGCAAACAACAAACUGGUAUAUAAAUUUUGUUGUUUUUCUUUAAAAAAAAAAACAAGUUUACAAUGUUAUACUGUCUGUAACAGCAGAAACUAAAGUAAAGUUUUUCUGUUAGUUCCUUUGCGUACAGUGAAGAAAUUAGCAGAUCUGAAGCUGUACAGAAAAUUACAGAGGAAACUACCUGGUAUCAAGAUAACCAGUCAAAAAAGGAAACAUUUGUAGGAAACUGCAAUUUAGAAAGAAAUAUAUUCUGCUCAAACCAAUGUAACCUAAUGCAAAUGAACUGUGAGGAUUUAACUGAUGAUUCAUUUACUGUGAUCGGAGCAUGUCAGAUAACGUCCUGAUAACUGUGAAUCUACCUUUUGUUCUCAAGCUCUGAUUUUACAUGUUUUGUUUCUGUAUGUUUUAAAACUUUUUUUUUUAAUCUUGUAAUUUUUGCCUUUGUAAUGUGAAUAAAUAA